AUGGAUACUAUCAAAGCAUCAGGGAAUGUCAGCUCAUCGAGCGGGUUACAUAGAACUGAUUCUUUUCGAAAAGUACUCCCCUCAAAACCAAGUGCUUCGGUAGAUUCUCGUUUAUCAAUGUCAAUGAAAAUGAUUGAGAGACCUGUUGCUUAUGAAGGAAAUAAUAGAGGAAACAAAAUGUUUCUACCAUAUUUCUUGGAAUAUGCAAUUAUGGCAGAAUACCGAAUGCUUCAGAAAAUAGAGUUGACUGGAAUAUAUGUUAUUCCUUCUGAUGCUGAUCCACUUGUAUGGUUUGGAGUUAUAUUUGUUAGACAAGGUUUAUACGAAGGAGGAAUAUUUCGUUUUCAGGUUCAUUUUCCUGAAGAUUUUCCGGAUGGGUCAUGUCCAAAAGUUGUUUUCGAAAGUGAUGUGUUUCAUCCUGCUGUAAAUAUUGAAACAGGAGAAUUAAAUGUAUCUGAAGAAUUUAAAGAGUGGAAGAGAACUGUAAAUCAUACUUGGCAAGUUUUACAAUACAUUGGAAGGAUAUUUUACAGAGUCGAUACAAAAUCUCCUGCAAAUAAUGUUGCAUCCGAAUUAUUUGUUAAAGACAAUGAGAAAUUUAAAAAAUUGGUGAAAUUAUGUGUUGAAGAAAGUCAAACAAAAAUUAAUGAAAAGCCUACAAAUGAAGACCCAAAUUAUUUACACUUUGAGCCCUAUAGCGAAUCUUUAUGUGAAUCCGUUAAAAAACAAAUGAAAGAAUUUUCUAAAGAGGAAUUGUAA